CCCCCCCCAAAAUCAUCCCUCUCUUUCCUCUUCUUCUCAUUUCGAGUGACGCCCGGUGACUCGGUGCAACCCCGCCCCUCCAUCUCGGGAUUGCGACUCCCCUGCUGGCUGCUGGCUGUGCCACCUCGGUGUGGGGGAGGAAGACUGACCCUGCUGCGGGGUGACCAUCGGCUGCAGAGCCAAGAUCCCAGUCCAACAACGUGGACGUCCCACCUUAUCUACCAAUGCCGGCUCAGAUUGCCUUGGAUUUCCCUCCUUCCUCGCCCUCGCCCUCGCCCUCCACCGCCAUCCCGCCCGGAGGUCCCUCAGCAUGCAACAUUCCCCGAUCCUCGUCCCCUCGACUUCCAGACAACCUCUCCUCUUCAAUUGCCGCCUCAUCUAGCCGUCAUCCGAUGUCGUCCCUCGAAGACCAGCCGCCGCCUGUCGGCGCGGACGUGCCUGAUCCUACUUUCACCGGUGAUACGGACGAUCGCAGCACCAGCGACUCAGCCGUCUCCGCCUUCAUGGCUGUUCCCCAGUAUACCACCGUCUUCGACUUCCGCGAUGGGUCAUACACCCUUCAGCUGGAAACGGUGAAUGCAGUGAUGGAGCAUGAGACCGGCCCUCAGCCGUCGUCGCCCCCGACGGAGUGGUACAUCUCCGACUCGGAAAUGACGGAUGCGCUGUCGGAGAUGGGCGGCGUUUCUCUGGGGCCCUACAUCAGCGAACACGUUGGCAUGGCUCAUCUCCUCCACCAGUCGCUGAACGCCCCCAUGUCCGCGCCCCCAACCUCGUCCACCAUUUCCAGCGACACCGAGGACGGUGACGCGACCGAUCUGGAUAUGGAAUACGAGCCCUCAGUGAUAGACAACCGGUCCACUUCGCGAUCCAUCGCGGGAGAUGAUCCGGACGACACGCAGAAGUUCUACUCGGACGAUGGGGAUGACUACGAGGACGAUCGAGCCAGCGACAUGCGCACCCGCCACGGUACGGCUGAUUUGUCCGAGGUGGCCGUCGACGAGUUUUACCAAGGCCUCGACCCGGCAUCCGGAUCCCAACUGUCCGACCUGGGCACGGGCGCCAUGCGCGACGAUUACAGCAAUGUCUUCUCCGAAGGGGAAGACUCGAGCACCGUCGAUCCGGCGGGCGAGCCUCACUUUGCCGACCCCGUCGUCGGAACCAUCCGCGAGCGGAACUUGACUAUGGACCAGUUCAUCGCCCAGUGGCUAUACCAGCCGUCCGCCGCCUCGAUCCCGAGUCUCUCGAUUGCCCCCGCCCACCACCUCCCACGCAACUCCCUCUCACGGCUGAUCGGGUGGAAUCCCCCGGCGAAGAUCGUCCGGCCGCCCGGAUAUCACACCGACUUCUACGACCUGCAACAGAUCCCCUGGUGGGGCGCCCUGCGAGUCCAGCGGCCGUAUGUGCGCAAGCAGCGGGACCUGUCGUACACGUCGUACCACAACUUGGAGUACUCACGGCAACGGCCCGGGGCACGACUGCCGCAGGACGAGUCGUACUUUCGGGGCCAGGCUAUGUAUACAGCACACAAGGCCACCAUCGAGCACUUCCAGUUGCGGAAUCUCAUGUCAGCGGUGGCGUACAACACGGUCCACUUUGCGCACGAGUCCAAGGUCUAUUCAUGGGUGCCGGCCUACGACGACCUCACCUGCUUGCUCGACCUGUCCCGGCCGGCGCCUGAGUCGCUGCUGCCGGGGCUUGUCAAAAUCUCGACCAUGAAGUCAGCGCACGACCUGACGAUCGCGGGCGGAUUUUCGGGCGAGUAUGCGAUGCGCGCGGCGGGCACGACGGGGCCAGGCGUGCAAGGCUACGUGACCAAGGACGCCAACGGCAUCACCAACCACAUCGACAUCAUCCCGAGUCGAACGAGUGGGGGCCCGCUGGGAAUCUUCGCGUCUAACGACCGACACUUGCGGGUGCUGGACUGCGCGACCAACACCUUUGUAGCGGACCAUGAGCUAUCGCGGGCGAUCAACUGCACGGCGACGGCGCCGGACGGACGGCUGCGCGUGCUGAUUGGCGACUCGGCAGACGCGUGGGUGGUGGAGGCGGACACGGGGCGCCCCGUCCAUCCCCUGCGCGGCCACCGCGAUUUCGGGUUUGCUUGCGCCUGGUCGCCCGACAUGCAUCACAUCGCCACCAGCAACCAGGACAAGACAGCCAUCAUCUGGGAUGUGCGUAUGUGGCGCAUGCUGCAGAAGAUCCAGGCCGAUGGGGCGGGCUACCGGUCCCUGCGUUGGUCGCCGGUGGGCGGGGGACCGCGCACGCUGCUGCUGAGUGAGCCGGCAGACCGCAUCGCCGUGGUCAAUGCGCAGACAUUCCAGAGCCGGCAGGUGCACGACUUCUUCGGGGAGAUUGGGGGUGCGGACUAUGCGCCGGACGGCAGCACGAUCUGGGUGGCCAAUACGGACGAGCAUUUUGGAGGGUUCUUGCAGUAUGACCGACGGCAAUGGGGACAGCGGUAUGGACUGCGAGAUCUGCCCAACGAGUGGCGGCGCGAGACGGAGCUAGAGGAAGACUCACGGUGUGUGCUGAGUGAGCGAGAGCGCCAGCUGCGGUGGAUGUGGAAUUUAGAGGACGAGGAGCAUGAAGCGUUGCUGCUGUAGUGCCAUUACUGCAGUGGCUGUAUGACUAUUGCAUGAUUGGGUGGAGAUGUCAGCAUUUAGCGUUAGAUACCAAUUUCCUGCUGGCCAGCGUUCUAUUUAAUCAUCGAUUUCUACUCUUCUCAACCAACUCCCCAGCUCCUCU